GGCAAGUCAAAGAAAUAAGAGACCUUUUUAAUGGCGGUUGUUUGCAGCUCAGCCCUUCUUUCUUAAUAAACCAUCCAUCCAUCAUUUCUUCGCUUUACUUUUGAUUUUGGCUGAGUGAGUUCCACAGCUGUUUCUGCCGUGGCCAAUCGCCACACACAAUUCUCACUAGCUAAAACCCUGCCCCCCGCCCCCCUCGCGCCAAAACCCCAAGAUCAGCAUCCUGUAAUUUCAUUGAGAGAGGUUGAUUCGGUUCAGGGGGUGUGCGAGUAUGGUUUGGUGCAGUAGUUGCGGCACAAAUAUCAUCCGACCUGAUAAUGUGGAUGGCAAAAUAUGCUGUUCACUUUGUGGAAGGGUGCUGGAUGAGGAUAACUUUUCACAGGAGCCCCAAUUUACGAAAAAUGCGUCUGGACAGAGCCAAUUGUCGGGGAGAUAUAUGAAGACCAUCCAAGCUGAAUAUUCACUUUCUCGUGAGAGGACACGGAAUGAAGCAUAUGAUGGAAUAUGUCAUAUCAUGAAUGCCCUUAAUAUUGAUGGUGGUGAUUCCAUAGCUAAUGCGGCUUUAAACAUUUAUACGAUAGCACUUGAACGCAACUUCACAAGAGGGCGCAGGAGAGAGCUAGUACAGGCUGCUUGCCUUUACAUUACUUGCAGGGUUAAUAAAAAGCCCUAUCUUCUUAUUGAUUUUUCAGAGCAUCUAAGGAUGAAUGUUUAUGUGCUAGGGGCCGUAUUUUUGCAGCUUUGCCAGCUUUUAAGCCUUGUUGAACAUCCGAUUGUUAAAAAUCCUGUGGAUCCUAGCCUUUUCAUUCACAGAUUUACUGAUCGUCUGUUUGGUGGCAGAAAACCAAUUGUUGCCAGAACUGCACUUCUUUUAGUUGCUAGCAUGAAGCGAGAUUGGAUGCAGACUGGUCGAAAACCAAGUGGAAUAUGUGGAGUUGCACUUUAUGUAUCUGCUCUCGCACAUGGUCUCAAGUGUUCGAAGUCUGAGAUCACUAAGGUUGUCCACAUCUGCGAAGCAACACUAACCAAGCGGUUGAUUGAAUUUGAGAACACGGAGUCGGGGGGUCUUACGAUUGAUGAGUUCAACACGAAAGCGGAGGAGGACGAAAAAGAAGAAAAUAUGAUAUCGCCCAGUACAGGGUUAAAUGACUGUCGGAUUAAUGAACUUAUCUCUGAGCCCAAGGAACUUAUAUGUGAGCAUAAGGGUAGUGGGGAGCCUCCUUUUGCUCUUAGCCUAUGUAAAAGCUGCUACGGAUAUUUCAUAAAACUUUCUGGAGGCCUUAAUAAGGGGUCCGAGCCCCCAGCUUUCCAACGUGCAGAAAUGGAACGAAAAAUGGCAGAGGAAAAUGCUGCUGAGAACCAGGAUACCUUAACUUUGCACGGGUCAACAGAAAACAUGGCCAAAAAUUUCACUUCUGAUGAAUGGAGACAUGCAGCUGAUGUCACAUUUGAAGAAUCGGAGAGUUUAUCUGACAUUGAUGACCUUGAUGUGGAUAUCUAUCUUCACACCGAGAAGGAGAAGGAGCAUAAGAAGAUUAUCUGGGAGGAACUGAACAAAGAAUAUCUUGAGGAGCAGGCAGCAAAAGAGGCUGCAGCACUGGCUGCAAAAAAAGCUUACGAGGCCAAUUUUUUAAACUGCUCAGGGGAUGUACAAGCCGCCCAAAAGCUCGCUGCAGCAGCUGCAGAAGCUGUUGCAAAGACAAAGAAGGAAAGACAACAGAAGCGAGCAGCAGAUGCGAAAAAUGCUGGUCCUGCUAAAAGUGCUGCUGAAGCAGCAAAACAGAUGCUCGACAAAAAGAGGCUGAGUUCCAAAAUCAGAUACGAUGAGCUGGAGAAAAUUUUUGCCGACACUGAGGAAGAAAACACCGAAAACACCAAGAAAACCCAAGUGGAAACCGAGACUGAUCCACACAACAAGUAUUCGACCAAUAGCACAAAAGGUAUUGAUGAAAAUAAUACGGACAUGGAAGAAUACGACGACGGCAAUCAAGAUGACUACAACGAGGAUAUGGAAGAAGAGGACAAUAAUUGGUUUUAGCCAGACUUUGAUGCUUAUUACUAGAAAUUUCAGUCUUAAUUUACAGGUGGAAUAUGUCUGCAGAGCAUUCCUCAAACUGCUUAUUUGUUGUUUUAAUUUAUUAGCAAUCAACUUAGGUAAAUUUUGCGCAAGAAGAUUUUUGGAGUUUAAGGCCUCGUUUGGUUACGGAAACCAAGGCCCUAUUUGAUUAGAGAGAUUAAUCAUGUUUUAUUAAGUAAUUAGACUGAUAUAGUUUUUUUCGUACCAGCCCAUAAGUUUUGUUUUU